AUGAAGCCUGUGCGCCUUCUCGCGUCCUUGACGCUUGUAGGCCAGGUGUUUGCCGUCAACAAAAUCAGGGGAACAAAUGCUACCGCCCAAUUCAAGAAUCCGCCCACCCAAUACCGCCCAAAAUUCCGAUACUGGCUGCCUGACGCAUCCGUCAACCACAGCUCUGUAGAGGAUGAUAUCCACCGGAUCGCGGCUGUCGGAGGUGGUGGCCUCGAAUUUCUGCCAUUUUACAAUUACGGCCUAGGUCCUGCAGUGACUGACUGGUCCAUCUAUGGCUUCGGCACAGUCGCUUUCAGGAAAUUGUUCUAUGCUGCCUUGAAUGAAACAGCUGCACUACACUUGUCGUUUGACUUCGCCCUCGGCGCGAAUCAAGGCGCCGGUGUGCCAUCAGCCGUCCAAGGUCCUGGCCUAGCUAAAGAGCUCGUGUAUGGAAACACGACGAUUCAACCUGGAGCCACCUUCUCCGGCAAAGUUCCGGAGCCUGUGGUUGAGUUCAAUCAAUUAACGGGCUUUAUGAAUGUCCCGGAGCUCUGGGGACCGUCUGAGCUGAUAGCCGUAGUUGCCGGGAGAGCCCUUGAUACAAUCCUUCUCGCGGAAUAUUUCUACUUGUCUGUUCUGGACGAAAAGUCUCUGAUUGAUCUGACCAACGUCACAGACAAGGGCAGACUGACAUGGACUGCUCCUCAAGGCAACGGAACAUGGGUCAUAUUCGCCAUCUACGAGCGUUACACCAAUCAGCGGAGUUGCGUGUCGAUCCUGAAUGCCACAACAGCAUUAGGAAAUGGCUCAUGGAUGGUGGACCACUGGAGUGCUAACGGUGCCAAAAAAAUGACAGAUUUCUGGGAUCAGCAGAUAUUGUCCGACGAAGGUAUAGCUACGCUCGUGAGGGAGAUUGGCGGGUAUACCUGGGAGGACAGCAUGGAAAUGCAAGCCGCUCUGCCCUGGACGCCUGAUCUAUUCACGCGGUUCGAAGAACUCCACGGAUACAGCAUCACUCCAUACUUACCCCUUCUGUUCCAUGCAACAAAUGCAUGGGGUGGGUUCCUCCCUCCGUACAACAUCACCUAUACGCUUGGCGAAUACGUCACCGAUGGAGGUCCCUACGUGCAGGACUACAAGAGCGCGCUCAGUCAAGGUUAUGUAGACUAUGUGGAACAUUACAACAAUUGGGCUUCAUAUAAAGGAAUUCAGCUGUCUAACCAACCUGGAUAUAACAUGCCAAUUGACAUGGCGGAAGCUGUAUCGCAUGUGCAGAUACCAGAACUCGAAUCUCUUGGCUUUGCUGAGAAUAUCGACCUCUAUCGGCAGUUCACCGGCGCGGCUCAUCUUGCAGGGCGGAAUGUUAUCUCGACGGAGAUUGGCGCCGUGCUCGGUGGGGCUUACAAACUUCGCAUCCCCGAAUUGAAGGCACAAUUCGAUGGAUCCUAUGCAGCGGGCGUGAACACGAUGGUGAUCCAUGGGUAUGCUUACAGCGGCGAAUAUUUCAAUACCACAUGGCCUGGCUAUACACCCUUCCAGUACACAUAUAGUGAGUUGUGGAACCACCGACAGCCGGCGUGGCAGCAUCUCGAUGACCUCCUUACAUACUCGGCAAGGAACAGUAUGACGAUGCAAUCCGGCGCACCGAAAGUGGACAUUGCUUUUUACUACUUCAAGAUUCCCUUCACAUUUGCAGAGAUUUAUUCUGGGUUCGAUAUGAACAAAUACGGAUAUACAUUCGAGUACCUGGGCCCGGAAAACCUAGCCUCUGAGAAAGCUGCGGUCGUUGAUGGGGUUCUCGCUCCCGAGGGACCUGCAUUCAAGGCAUUGGUCAUCUACAACCAGGCACAGAUAACGCCGAAUGCUUCUGCUGCAUUAAUAAAAUUUGCACAGAACGGGCUACGGAUUUAUCUUGUGGGCACGAUCCCGAACACCACAGUCGGGAUGACUGGACAGCGGCAAGUUUCAGAAAAUAUCAACGAGCUCCUAGGAUACAAGAGCGUCCGGGUCAUUGACCUCGAGAGUUUUUCUGCGUCUACAAUUGCUGCAGAUGGAAUACUUCCCCGCGCCCAGGUAGACCUUGCAUCCAAUGCGUCGCAACUUUACACCUUCUGGACCGUUGACACCAACUCGCGCUCAGAGUAUGUCUAUUUGUACAACCAGGGCGCCGACGGCGUGUUCAACAUCACCUUCGCUGUCGGCGGAGACUUAGUGCCCUACAUUCUGGAUUCUUGGACCGGAAACCAGCUCCGAUUGGGCGUUUUCCAAAGAGAAUCUACCAACGUCGUCUUGGGAGUUGAAUUACGGUCCAAUCAAACGAAGAUAGUCGCAUUCAUGGUUGGCUCUGGAGCACAACAAAAAGAGCACGUGAUCGCCCAUUCCCUCAACAUCAAGACCGUUCAUCUUACCGAAGAAGGUAGCUUGGAGGCAUUGGUUUCUGACAAUGCCUCAGCAUGGAUGACUUUGAGCAACGGUUCGCAAGUUGAACUUCCAGCUGGCAACACAACAUGGCAAAAGAGUACGGCUCUAGACUCUUGGAAUCUCACAGUCGAAGCUCAUGGACCAGAUCAUGCCUCGCUUGAAGGCAACAUCACAACCGUAAAUGUAGGCACGCUAGAUCAUCUAGCACCCUGGACACAGAUCCCUGGAAUCGAACAUAUCAGCGGCGUAGGUACAUACCGCACCCGCUUCGAGAUAUCAGUCGACGGCUCGACGGCCAUUCUAAUAGACUUCGGGCCUGUCCUACAUACGAUGAAGGCAUGGUUAAACGGGAAGCAAGUUCCCGUUAUCGACCCGACGAAUCCCGUGGUCGAAGUUUCGGACCUUGUCGUAUCUGGCAGCAACUUGAUGGAGGUAGAGGUGACUACGUCACUUUUUAACGCGGUCAAAGCAAAUAUCGACCAUAUUUUCAGCAUGGGCUAUGGUCCACAGACUCCAUCGUAUUAUACCGACGGCGACUGGCAAGAAUUUGGACUUAUUGGGCCCAUAAAGCUUAAUACCCUUCGGAAGGUACUAAUAACAUACUAA